AGAAAGUUGGCUAAAGCAGGAAACAGGAAACUUCAACCAGCAGGCCGCGCCCCCACGUUUUGUACCACUGCUGCUUGAUAAAGACUCGCAGACCUUCGGGGAAACACAUCUGUAAUAACAAGUGCGAGAGAUGGCAGCAGCUAAGCUUCAGAAUGCGAGGAGGAAGUUUGUGGAAAAGGCCGGGAAAGAACUGAUUAAGCAGCUACUGGACGACCUCUUAGACGACGGCGUCGUGAAUGAUGGCCAGAAAGACUCCAUAUUGGAGGACAACAGUACGACGGCAGACAGAGCGCGCGAUCUCAUCGACGUGGUGAAGAAAAAAGGAGACAAAGCUAGCGAAAUAUUCAUCACGCACCUUGAGGUCAGAGACAAGGUUCUCUGCACUGAACUGGGUCUUUCCUCUGCUCAACCUGCUCAGCUGGCUGCGGAGCCGAAGGUGGAGCAGAAGUGGUCAACCAAACUCAUUCCUACCACCGAGGAUUUCUGGAGGGAGGAACUGAAUAAUAGAGAUAUUUACCCGUCAGACAGAAAUGCCAUAAGCAACCGUGUGGCCCUGCUAAUCACCAAUAUCAACUUUACUGAUGAGAAAAAAAACAGAAAUGGAGCCGAUAAGGAUGAGCAGAACAUGGAGAAUCUGAUGAUGGGACUGGGAUACAAGGUGGUGAAACACCGUGACCUCACAGCAAAGGCAAUCGAUGAUGCUUUAAAGCAGUUCUCUAAACACCCCUACCUCAAAGAGACGGACAGCGUGUUUGUGGUUUUGAUGUCACAUGGGAAACGGGGCCGUGUCCUCGGUGUGGACUGCACGACUGAAAGACCAGAUGAGUUCCCUAUCGACAACAUCUACAAACACUUGGGCCCAGAGAAUUGUCCAGCGCUGCUGAACAAACCCAAGAUCAUCAUCAUCCAGGCCUGCAGAGGGGGGGAGAAAGGAGCAGCGCUUGUUAGAGAUGGUGCUUGUCCAGCGUUGGUCACUGAUGAUGCUGAUGAAGAAUACAUUGAGGAUGAUAAUUUGCAUGUUGUGAUCAAAGAAAAAGACUUCAGUUCUCUUCUAUCGUGCACCCCUGAUGCAGUCUCAUACAGAGAUACAAUUGAUGGGUCUUUUCUCAUCAAGUAUAUUGUUGAGGUAUUUAACACCUUUGCACAUAAGGAUCACAUCGAGGAACUUUUCAGGAGAGUCAAGCUACGCUUUGAGGACUUUUGCCCGGGAAACAAAAGACAGAUGCCGUCCACAAACAGAAGCACUAUGACAAAGCACUUCUACUUCUUUCCAGGCCUCUGAGGCAGAAGUCACUUCCUUCAUUCUAAGACGGGCUUGUAGCCACUCAAUUCAGAUAGUACUUUGUGAAUGGAUACAAAUUAUUUGUGAUGUACUAAAUGCUCCCCGUUUUGGGACCAGAGGACAGAGAAAAGAGUUAUUGUCUAUAAUGCAUUCACUUCGUUUAACAUACAAAUGUAAUAUCUACUAUCUAACAUCACACAAACUACAAUUCUACAUUAAACAUUGCUACAUGUAACAUACUUCUCACCGCUAGGGGUGCACAUCUUAAAUUCCUAACACUCCAGAUGCAGUCUCAUACAGAAGUACCAGGUCUGUGUACUUUACUCUGAUUUUGUAUGUUUUUUAUUCUAUUUACAGUUUUAUACUAUCUGGACCUUGAAUUUGAAAUAAAAGUUUGAUUGAUUGACACCAGAUAUGUCAGAAAUGUUUGCUUUUGUUGACAUA